AUGGUGAGUCUCGAUUGUUAUAAGCGUGUCAUACUUGCUUCCAAGUUAGCUAGCUCACCGAUCGCUCCUUUUUCUCUCCAUAGAAUUUUUCCAGCGGAUUCUCUGAAUAUGUCCCUUUGUCUAACUGCGGAAGACUAUACAGUAGUAUGGUUCGCUCCCUUACAUUUUGAGGCUAGCGCUGCCCUCCUCAUGCUAGACGAACACCACGUGAGUCCUGUUCCGAAUAGAGGCCAACAGCUAUGCUACAGGUUUGGGCGAAUGGGCAGGACCAACGUUGCAAUCGCUUUCUUCCCGGAUGGAGAAAUCGGAAUUGGUGUUGCCGGCUACAUGGCCUCGGAGGUCCAGCGUGACUUGCCUAACGUCAAGACUGGCCUCCUCGUUGGUGUAGGUGCAGGUAUACCUCGAUAUGGGCAUGAUCUGCGCCUAGGUGAUGUGGUGAUCGCUACUCCAACUGAGAACAACUCCGGCGUUUUAGGGUACGAUAUGGUCAAAGUCGAGCCGGAGAAGAUCGUUCUCAAGCAAUGGCAGAAUGCACCCGAUCGGCAUAUACGCUCCGCAAUGACCAAUUUCCGGGCUUCCCAGGAGACGCCUACAAGAUUCAAGCUAAACCUCGAGAGGUUCAAAGGGACAAACUUCCCUCAACAAUUCGUGGCACCAGCCAAUGUCCUCUGUGGGUCAUUUGGAGAGCAACGUGAGCCUUUAUUCCACUAUGGCUGUAUUCUAUCUGGGAACAGUGUUAUUAAGUCCGCCGAUCUACGCGACGAGUUAGCCCGUGAAUACAAGGCCAUUGCGAUUGAAAUGGAAGCAGCUGGAAUGAUGAAUACCUUACCAGUUGCAAACGACGUUUGGCAGGGUUAUGCAGCAGCAACCGCUGCGGCGGCAGCAAAGGAACUCCUAGCAUGUUUAGAUGGGAGCAAUUCGAUCAGCUACGGAACUCAAAUAAGGGACCAAUCUAGAAUGAACAGAGAAAAUUUGAAAGUUCUAUUGGCCAGCAAAGCCGCCGAAUAUGGACAACCAAACAUGGACUGGCAAAAUUCUGUUGUUGAUUUGCUCAAAAUAUUGAAUCUAGAUUCAUCGCCCGGAGCAAGAAAGAGACUAGCACAAAGAUGGAAUAUUUUGGUCGGAGAAAAUGGCAGUGCGUCGCGAAACGUAGCUCUCCACAGAACCAUCACCGAAAGGCUUGCGACAAACAACGGAGUGGUUCCAGACUCCCUUCUAAGGGGAUUAUCGGUGGAAGAUUACGGCAGCUAG